AAGAAAAGAGAGAGGAGGAGAAGAGAAAGCCUGGGACGUGUAGAAAUGGGCAGACGGUGCGUUUAUCGUGCGUUCACCACUGAGGGGUGUCCGAGCUAUCUGGUGCUCAGCAAACGGACUGCGGAGGAGUUUCAUCGGACCUCCCGGCAGAUGUGCGGUCUUCCACUGUAUACGGCAGCAUGAUGCCCCCAUGACCGAAAGUACACUCGCCAGUUCAGCGGUCCUCACACACUCCAGUAUCUACAGUUGGUGAAGAUGUAGUCUUUUUGGCUGCUGUGGAGAUGUCUCUAAACAGGAUCUCCUCUGCCCUGUUCCUGUCCUUAAUGUGGCUGCUAUUCCUCCCAUUCCCCAUUGCCCCGGUGCCAGAUUCCAGCCCAACUCCCACCUCUGCUGCUGCGGCUGCUUCCUCCCAAACAGCCAAUACCACGCUCCUCUUCGACAGCGGCCUUCCAGGCAGCAGCCUGCGAAAUUGCAGUUGCUCUACCCAUGUCCGGGACUGUGACGAAGCUCUAGCAAACCUACUGUGCAACUGUCACACCGUCCCGCGCUCCGCCCUGCCACCUGCUGGACUGAGGGAGUCCGAAAGACUGACUGUCUGGUUCAGGGAUCCCUGGGUCCUCCAGGAGCUGCUCAACAGGAGCACAGUUGGCCAUCUGCACCUGUCUUUUUGUGGAGAAAACCUGUUGGACACUCAGUACCUGGCUCUUUUUGGACUAAGGACACUAAGGAUCUACAGUGCAACUCCAGGAGCCCCACAUGCCAGUCAGGAGAUUACAGUUUCUCCAGUGGCAGGGGGUAUGGCCGAUGAAAUGCCCUUUUCCACAUACCCCCUUGAUCUUGAGCCCCUCUCUCCCUCCUCCAUACCUUCCUCCUCCAUAACUUCCUCCUCCGUUCUGCACGUAACAUUUCUGGAUGUAGCACUGCUGAAUGGACUCUCUGCCCUCAAGGCAUACAGUGUAGUGGGACCGGCGGUGCCCACUCUCCCCCAACAGUUCCCCAAUCUGCCCCUACCCUUUCCACUGCCUCUCUCAGCCCCUCCUGAUGGAACUACGGACACCAGUGACCAGACCCCAGAGCAUCAGCAGAGAUGUGUUCUUACCUUCAUCUACUAACAGAAAUGCCAUUUUUGGGAAUGUUACCAAACAUAGAUGGGCACACGAGAGUUAUUCACUAUGCCGGUGGAAAACUUCUCGACAUAAAGGAACCAUUUCGCUACUGAUGUUUUCUGCAUGGAAUGCAACUUUCAGUUUGAUUCAGUAGUGAAUGUGAUAUUAAUGGAAAUAGGGAGUGUUUGAUAUGCUGGCCCACCUGUGGCUCUGAACACCGUGAUUUAUGGAGACGAUAUCUUUCUCAGACUACCACAUGCCUCCUCCGAUACAUGUGGAGUCACCAGCUGCUUCUUUUCACCUGACAGUGAGGAGUUUCACCAGGGGGACGUAGCACGUGGGAGGAUCACGCUAUUCCCUCCAGUUCCCCCUCCCCCCUGAACAGGCACCCCAACUGACCAGAGGAGGCGAUAGUGCAGUGACCAGGACACAUACCCACGUCCGACUUCCCACCCACAGACAUGGGCAACUGUGUCUGUAGGGACGCCCGACCAAGCCGGAGAUAACACGGGAAUUCAAACCGACAACCCCUGUGUUGGUAGGCAACGGAAUAGACCACCAUGCCACCCGGAUUUCUGUAUACCACAUUGUACCCUUUGAUACCAGUUCUCAAGCGAGAUCUAUUUGUGCAACAGGGUGAAUUAUUUUCUGUGCAAAUCAACCUCGAUGCCAAAAAUUACCUGGAAGUAACGUUCUUCAAUCUCUGUCGUUUCUCAUUUUCCAUCGUUCUGUUAUUUCCAGCAGUAACUCCGACACAAACUCUGCUCACUGGGGCUUUCAGCAGCCAACAGUCUACCAUUUGUCAUUCCUAUCUGGUGAGCUUGAUGAUCACACACCUCUGCAGGCCGCCUCUAAUGGGUUCAGAAAGGACAUUUAGAAGAAUAAAAAAAGCCUUAAGAUUUAAAAUAAUACUCCCAUCACCACAUAGUCCACAGGCUUAAAAUGUCUGGAACAUUUUUCCGUGGAAAAUGAGCUCACUUGAUGUUUUUUGAUCUUGAGACUGCUCUCGGGUGUUUGUGUCCGAAUGUCCCUCUUAACUUUCUCUUUGUUUUGAUAUCCUCAUUACAGCACCUUAAUUACCUGUGUCAGGGAAUGUAAUUAAUCGAAAAGUUUGAUGCCAAUUGCUAUGGAUAUAGACAACCCAAGCUUAUGUGUCUUAAGAUGAUCUGUACAAAUUGUGGUCUGAAUAUUGAUGUCAUGCAACAUGUGUGAUGAGUCAUCAAAAAAAAAAAUAUGUGAUGUUUUUGGAACGGAUUGUGUAUUUCGAAAUGGCUUGGCAGUUUAUGUUUGUAUAUAAUUUGGUUUGUUGGAGCAGAUUGUUCUGAUUAAGUUUUUUUUUUCCGGUUUACCGUAAAAGUGACAGUGUGGAUUAUUUUUUUGGUUCACAGACUUUGUGCUCAUCUAUAUUCUGUGAUAAUAAAGAAAAGCAAUGCCAUCAGUGUGUUGUGUGUGACAUAUUUUGAUGUUGCGUAUAAUGAACACUUCUAAAAUAAAGCACAUUUGGA